GGAUGGUUUAGACAAAAAACACCGGAGGGUUUAUAUGAUACGAUAAGGGAUGUCCAACAGUUUUCUUACCAAAACAAGAUGAAGACGCUGGUGGUGCUUGUUUAUAACACUUUGGUGCUCAAAAAGGACAUGACGCCGGUGGAUGGUGGUCAUUUUGAUGAGGAGAUUCUCGAAGGAUUCAGGAAGGAGUUUAAGGGUGCGUUGGAUGUUAGUUUGGUCAAGUUUGGGAAGCUGAAGAUUGAGCAUGUUGUCAGUUGCGUAAUGACAGAAGCCUCCAAACUCAACCUAAAAUUAUCCCGACAAGACGCCCUCAAGAUUGCCCAGGACAUUCCGCCCAUCUACGGUUGCAAAGGAGCCCGAGCCAAAUUGAUGAUCCUGAAACCAGACGAAGACUUGUAGUAGUGUCCCUUUUUUUUAAAAAAAAAUUAGUUUUUAGUUUGGAUAAUUCAAUUAAUUUGUUUGAUUCAAUUAUCCAUCGUACUGUUGUAUAUACUUUUAUAAGGCGUUUGUUGAUCGACAAGACUCUUGUUUGUUAUUAAUUAAUUAAAUGAUUGUGUGUGAUUUAAUAAGGAUCUCUCGUAAUAAGGUUAGUACGGCUGUACUGUUUGGUAUUUUGACUUUUUUGUAUGACGGUGUGUGCUUCAUGUUUCGAUUGCAAUAUUUUUGUAAUAAAUAGUAAAACAUUUAUUAAUGAA